UCAGAGGUUAUUAAAGAAAAGGAGGAGCUGGAGAUGUUACUGAAAAACCUUCAGGAACAGGAAGAUACUAUGGAUGACCACAAGAAAGAGAGACUUCAUAAUGACCACAUCUUGGAGAAAACCAACAUCACUGUGUUGAAGGAAUUUCUACAGAAAUUGAGAACAGACUAUAGCAAUUUACAGAAUAAAACCUCAAGUUUGCAAGUUGGAAGUGAGAAUUUAAAGAGUUGCUCGGGUUUUGUGCCUGGGGACGUUUUAGAAAAAAACGCAGGGAAUUUUAACAAGACUAUUACGGACAUGGAGAAAUAUCUUACCAGUAUCGAUAAAAGUCAGAUUAAUAUGUCUGUAAGUUUAUCAGAGAGACCUGACUCAGGAUUGGGUCUACCCGAUACAGUAGGUGAGCACAAGGAAAGACAUAAAAAUAUAAAUGGAGGACUUUAUCAUCAAUUAAUACAAAAGGUGGACUUAAACUUGCCUUAUUCCCAAAGUGGAUUUACACAUUCUUCUGGAGGCCAGGCCACCAAAACUGAAUGUAAAGCACUAGGAACUCCUCAUAUUUUGAAUAUCACAGCUACACCGGAAAUUAAGCACUCAAGCACUGAUUACAAGGACAACAUUGAUUCAUUAAAAAAUAACAUUCAGGAGCUACAGGUUGAGUUGUCAGGUCUCAAAGUGUCGCAUGACCAAGUCAUCACGCAGAUGAACCUUAACAGUCAGGAGAAGCAGAACUUAGAAGAAGGUCUUCUUGCCCUGCAGGAACGUCUACAGGGAGAGUAUGCUUUGAGGCAAGAAAUGGAUGGUCAAUGCAAAGACUACAAGCAACAAAUUCUUCUCUUGACAGAUGAACUGGUGGCAGAACGACGAAAGCUCCAUCAGCUGAAUUUAAGACUUGCAGCCCAGGAGAAUGAAAUGCUUACAUUGAGAGACAGUUUCCCUCCUGAAAUACUGAAAGAGGAACACAUGAAUAGAGGGGAGAUGUUCAAAUCGGACAUUUUGGAGGAGCUGUAUUGGAACGUAGGCACUCUAGUAAUGAAAUAUAGUGAGGUCUUGAAGCAGAAGGAAGCAUUACAAAAAGACAAUCAACAGCUCAAAGAAAGUCAGACUCAGAUUAUACCAAUAACCGAGCACAACAAUAUACUUAAUGAAGUAACAAACAAAUUGGACACACAGAUCAAAGAAACAGAUAUGAUGAAGCAGAAACUCUUCCAAGCCAUGGGGAACAUUGUAGAGCUAAGGGAUCAACUUGAGAAUCAAGCCACAAACUCCAUAACCAUAGAAGAACAUGGAAAGGAGGUGGCAAGUCUGGAAAAAACAGUGGCAUCUAUAAGGGAAGAGAAUCAAGCGUGUAAACUUGAGCUAGAAAAUAAAAACGAGGAAAAGGUGCUGCUGAAAGAGCAACUUGAGCAGAAAGUAGAGGAGUUACAGACAAUAAAAUCUAGAGAAGCAGAGAGCUUAACCAAUUAUGAACAACUCAAGAGCAGGCUUGAGGUCCAGCUCCAAAGUUCCAGGGAGGAAAUCCAGAUCUUAAAAGAGAAAAUUACAGAGGCCUCCAGAGAAGCUUUGAGCUCCAAUGGCCUGUUUUCCUCUGAGAGGGAUAGGUCCAUGAAGCUUGAAGAGAGCAUGAAAGAUCUGGAGAGAGACGCGGCAGAGCUAAAAAUAAAGACACACAACUGUGAAGAAGAAAAUCGGUGUCUGGAGAGAACAUGCGACGAUCUGAACAGAGAAUUGCAGGAGAAAAACAAGAAGGUAAAUUACUGGGACAUAAAUCUUUGCUCUCACAAACACUCAGAUUCUAGAUCAAUGAAUGCUAAUCUUGGCAUGGCAGAUAUUGGCCGAUUUCAUUUACCAUGAAGCUCAGCCAAUCUAAAAUGUCUGAAUAUAGAAAAUAAUCCAGGCACGCCAACAUAUUCCAAACAAGGCAAUUUUAUUGGAACCACAGAGCAAAAAGCAACGUUUCAACCCCUUAGGCUUGACAAAGGCCCUAAGGGGUUGAAACGUUGCUUUUUACUCUGUGGUUCCAAUAAAAUUGCCUUGUUUGGAAUUUGUUGGAGUGCCUGGAUUAUUUUCUAUAUUCAAAUUCUACAUUUGGUCCUCUUUGGUACUGGGACUUGUCCAGCAUAGAACCCAGGAUUCCAGGACGAAGGGAUGAGUGCGCUUCCAUCACAUAUAUGACCAUCUAAACUGUCUGGGCAUUAACUUGAAAUGUACUUCACAGACAUCUGGAGUGGCAAGGUUAGCUAUUAAUUGCAGAAAAAGGACCAAAGUUGUUGAUUUAUUUAUUUUAAUAGAGGUUGAAAGAAAAGUGUAAUAUUGCAGCUUACAAAUCUACAACACUAUUUCCCUGCACUAAAAGCAUUCUUAAAAAAGAACACUCCAAGGACCAUAAGCACUACAGGGCACUAUAGUGGUUAUGGUGCCAGAAGUGCCAUUGUGAUCCCCUAGUGUAAGUAAUCAAACAUUUUUUAAUUUUUUUUUAAUUCUGUAUUUUUAUUGUGCAGGUAGGUACAUGACAAUUCCAUACGCCACAACAGCAUGCAUAUAGACUUAUAGACAUUCAUAUAAACUUAUUCGUGGCAUGAGGGCGUGCACAUUUUUAAAAAAUAUUAACAAAGGUGGUAUAACAGGCCUAACAUUGGUUAACGAUAACUGCAAUGUAGUUAGCUUGCGGGUGAGUUAGUAGUUUUACUGUAUCCUAUCGCAGUAUAUUUAAAAGCUUGGCAUACAAUUCUGGUUGAAAAACAAAACUUGUGGGACAAUCCUAGGGUACAGCAGACAUGUAUAGUAUUAAGUAGAUUAGGUAUGUGAGUAGUCAGGCGUGGCUGCAUGGCUAGUAUGAGUAACCCCCUAGGCUGUAUACUCUUAAGCAAAACUACAUUAUGCAUGUUUUCUCAGGAUUCCUAGUGACAGCAUUGUUAGAGUUUAUAUGAAAAGCAGAGUGAGAGGUCUCAGAAAAAUGGAAAUGAAACACAAAAAAAUGGGACAGAAAAUACUUUACGCCUUAUUCUCUGGUAUUAUGGUGUCAGAAUAAGGGUGGCUUGGUCAAAGAUUCCAGCGUCAGCCAAUGCCCAGACUUGGGGGGGGGGAAUGGAGGCUGUCCAUGGGUUGUGCCAUGUGGAAGCUGGGCUUGAAUGCUCUCCAGCUCUGGGUCGUGGUGAAGAGCAGCAUCGCGGGGCUAGAGGUUCGGGUCCUCUGUCUUGAGGCCAAGUCUCUUUGAUGUAAGGGACGGCUCGUGCUCCUGCUGUAGCGUUGCCGCCAGCGGCGGGGGAUUCUCAGCCUCCGCAGCAGAUGUCUGGGUGGCCUUGGGCCUUGUCUGGUCAGUUUGCGCUGUGUCAGGCAUUUGAUGUGUGAGUUCGCCUUGAGGGGGCCUGCUCACAUCCCGCUUCACUCUGCUGUGCUCUUGGUUCUGACAUGGUGUCUCCAUGGCGAGGGCCUCUAACUUUGCCCAGAAGUUUGUAAAGAGCCUAUCUACGUUGUGGAGCAGACUCUCACAUGUGCUCUGGAGUGACAUCGCAAUUUGUUCCAUGUCAGGAGUGUCCGCCAUUUUGUUUGAUGGUUGCUGUUUAAUCUUGUUGCUUGAUGGCUUCUUGUAGCCGGCUUGUUGAUGCUGGGUAUGUCGGGGGGGGGGAGGGGGAUCGGGAUGACCCCCACAGGUCCGGGAGGGGGGGGGAGGGGACAGCUUGGAGCUAUUUGCACUCCGCUGGGUAUAGGGCUUGGAGAGUGGCCGCCUCUUCUCUGCCCACGUUUGUGUAGGCCGCAAGCCUGAACGACGGCUUUUCAGUGCCGAAACGGCUGGAUUUUGGUAUCCCUGGAUGCACCGUCGUUCCCUUAUCUGGGUAGUCGUCGGUGGCUGGUCGGAUUGGCGAGUGGUCCUGGUGAUUCGUAGUUUAUCAGUCCCAGUCUGUGGAGCCCAGGCGAUGCACGUUUGAUCAGCUCUGCAUCCAGGCUCCGCCCCGCCAAACAAUUUUUUUUUUUUUUUUUUUUUUUAACAGUUUGACUUUUUAUCUGGAUUCUCCAGGUGCUAAUCCACACCGGCACUACUUCAGACAAGGCUCUGAAAGCUUAUAUCUGGUGGUUAAAGACUUGGCUCACUGUCUCAGGGCGAUCAGCUAAUGUUCUCAGUCAAUGAGACAGUGCUCCACUGCAAGGCUUAGCUAUGGACAAUUCAAGACUUGAUGAGGAGCUUCCGGCUCCCAGUGUAGACUGCGAGCAGUGCCAUGUGGACACCCGGUAAGAUCUCCAACCGUUCUAAAACCAGUUAGACUACUUAUAAUGGGGCAUGACAGGGUACUCCCCCCAUUGUAGUGGUUAUGGUGCUUGGGGUGUUCCAUUAAAGCAACAAUGCACCACAAAUAAGAUGAUUAUUUAAAAUAAAAUGCAAGUUUUUCAAUAUUAAGCAAGUCAAGCCCUACAUUGCUUUUCCAGGUGAGAGUACUCUUUGGGAGACUUAUAUUAUGUCCUGGGGCCACUUGAGGACAAGACACGCUUUGUGUGCGGGCCGCGAGCCCCGAUAACCAUGUUAGGAUAUCUUUGUAAUGAGUGCAUGUAAUUUAACUUUGAAUCCCUUGGUUUACCCUAAACUCCAUGGAGCAGCCAUUUUAAUUCCUCUUCGGUCAGAAACAUUUCUUGUAUGCCAACUUUAUGGAUAGUUUGAAGGUCUGAAAGUGCACAGAGUUCAUGUUUGAGAUGGCCUGCGUUUGGCCAAGACAGUAGGAUUUGUGAAAACACAUUAUCUCUUGAAUACCUGUAUGGUUUGGGGUUCGCUAAAUUGUGCUUGUGAUUUGAUGACUAAAGAUGGCUGCUUCCACAAAAUAUGGAUAAGCCAGAAAAUGCACUGAAAAGAUUAUUUAUUUUUUACUUAUUUGUUAGUAUUACAUCACACAAAGUGGUUAUACAAUAUGUCAUCUUUAAUCUAAAAUAAUAAUAAAUGGGUGACAGUCCUUUAAGGUCACUCAUACUAUUACUUCAACUGUAUUGAUAUCAGAUUACUAUAUUGACACUAGCUCUGGGCUUUUAACUGUAUAUAACUUUAUACAAGUCCUAUGGCAUGCCAGGCAAGGAAUAUUCAUUACAGGUUGAGUACACGUGAAAUAACAUCAGAUAUUUAAUUUGCUCUGUUACUACGUUCCAUUCAUAUGUGAAACAUACUCCGAUCUAUUCACUAAACCAGAAGGUCUGGGAACUGCUAAGGAAACUGUAAAUUUAGCGAAUAAACCUCACUUUGUCCAAAACCGCUUACAAUGUUUCCAUUAAAGUAACGUGUACUCUUUUUUUUCCACCGACGUGUCUCCAGGAUGCAAUACUAAUUUUAUAUUAUACAAGGUUUCCAUGCACAGACAAUAUGACCAGGGUAGAAAAUUAGAAACUAGAAUUGAUAUAUUUUUUUUAAAGUAAAAAACUAAAAAAAAAUUUCCCUACCUUCAUUUUGCAGUAAUACAAAAUUGUUUAUUUAUUAAACCAAAAAUGAUGGGGAAAGGACACAGGAAUUGUGAAUUUUAGGUUAAAAUAGCCAACCUAAAUUUGUAACGCACUCUUUAACGAGUGGUUUUAUCUUUGUGUGUUUGCCCAAAUUCCAGAGACUUUAGAUGACUAUGGACUAUGUGACAUAUAAUGUUUUGAGUUCUAAAACAUAUAUGCAUAUAUCAUGGCCCUUCAUACAGGCAUACUUAUCCCUUUUGGAGACUUGAAAUUCUGUUAAUUCUCAGCAAUCGGCAAAUGCAUUUCACCACAAUACGUACUAAUACAGGCUGUUGCUCAUCAAUGCAGGCAGUGCGAAUGGAAUGCCAUUUAAAAAAAAUAUAUAUAAAAUUGUUAAAUCCUUCUCCCUUUCUUUUUAUAUAGUAUUUUUAUAGUCAAGCAAAGGCAUGCACACCAACACAUACCUCCCAACAUUAGGAGUUAUGAACUCCGAACAUACCAGGUGGGCAAGAUUAAAUGGGCUUGACAUGACGACACGUGCAUCACUUAAGACCCAAAAUGGUCAGUCUUGUCUCGAUAUACAACAGGAAUGCAGGGCAGGCUUACUAACAGACGCCCCACUAAGGGUAGACCUGGCACAGAGCACUGCUAAAGCAGUCGGUCCUAGUGCCCGUAGCACAUUACACCCGCUAGAGACCGUUAACCUGGAACAUAUUGGGAUAUUGAGACAGGACCUUGUUAUCGGGACAUUCCCGCCAAAUUCAAAACUGUUGGGAAGUAUGCCAAAGUUAUACUUGAAGAGCUAGCAAUAUUAGUGGGACAAACGAUUUGUUAAAUUGUGCUGGUUUUCCUACUUGGGCAACUGGUCAACCUUUUUAGGCAGUUAUUGGCAAUGCACGAUGCCCAUGUCUAACAACAUUUUUUAUCUUUUGUUUAAAUGCUUGGAAUCAAAAAUAGAAAAAAAAAAAAAGUCUGUAAAUAGAAUAUAGAUAUUAAUAGAAAUAAUAUUAACCCAAUGAGUUUGUAUAAGUCUGUUACAGUUACUCCUUUAGAAAUGCUUUAUUGAAUGGAAAUUUAAACUUGGUUAAUGAAGGAAAAGCUGAUGUAGAGUUAUAGGAAUCGUGUAAAUGGUGCAGAAUAUCAUUAAUCCAUUAAAGAGUAAACAAAUACAGACAUGAAUGGCAUACGGUGCAGAAUUAUUUAUUUAACCAAAUUUUAUUCAUUUUUAUUUAUUUUAAAAUAAAGAUGGAGGAAUCAUUGAAGGAACUGGAUUCACUGGCAAAGGAAGUCCGUGAGCUGCAGAGGAAAUACGACCAUCUGAAUGCCGAACUUGAGGUAACGACUAGGACCCAGGGUGGCCAACUGUCAUUGAACUACAACACCCAUGAACCUGCAGUGGCAGAGUCCGAGCCAGUGCCAAGGGACAUGGGCGCUGGACUGAUUUAAGUGACAGAAGAGGUUUUUGACCCUGCACCACGGGGAGGGUUGGGAGCAUCAUAGGAAGUGAUAGUGCCGGGAACACAACUUUGUUUUACAGGCGCUAUAGUUUCCCUUUAACUAAAGUCAGCUGAUACCCAGCAUAAAAAAAAUUAAAAAAACAACUAAACUGUACUGUGGGAAAUGGCAAGCAGAGAGCUGCUGCUCACUCUUAGAAUAAGGAUACUUAUCAGUCCCUCUCCACAAUAAAUAGGGAAGGGAAAAAAAAACAACAUCACUACACUACUUGUACAAGUAAAACAAUAUCUUGUUCUAGGGGUGUCCUAGCGGCACCCAUUCUGUGCUUUGUUUGCUUCACAAUGUACUUUUCAUGUUUAAGUCUACCAAUGCAUACCGGUGGUACCACGCUCUCCCAAUGUGUUUAGAUUCAUGGCUUUGUGCAUUCCAUCUCAUUUUUUCUUGUGACUCUUUUUCAUUCUCCCUUCUCUCCUCCCUCCGCUUUACCAGUUUUUUCCUGACCAUGUGAGCUCAUGGGAUAUUACCUGUUUAUAUGCUUUAACGAUCUUAUUUUGAACAGAGCGUACUUUGUCAUGAUCUAGGUGUACAGAUGUAUCCGCUAUGUUUUCUUUGAGUUCCAAUAGCUGGUUGUAUGGCAGUCUGUCAUGGGCUGAGCCUGCCUGGCCUCGUGGCAGUGUAUAUAAACUAGAUGCAAUUGAAGGAGAUGCAAGCAAUAUCCCAGCACAUGCAGUCACAUAGAAUGUGAUGAAAUACCUUGAUCACUACAUUUCCCAGCCACAGUUAGAGUAGAAGAGAACUGGUUCACCCUACAAUAACCAUACAUCAGAUUUUUCUUUAGACUAGCCUUGGCUAAACUACCACGUUUAAUCUAUAACUCGUGCUGUCUUUUGCAGGAGACAAACAAACGACACCAGGAAAUUGUUUCGAUUUACAGAACUCACCUGCUCAACGCUGCUCAGGUAAGGACAUCUAUACGAGUGACUGAAACGGGCAUUCAUCCGGUUAAAAACCAGAUAUGCAGAAUGAAAAAGAGGAGAAAGAUACGGAUUAAUAAAAAUAGCCCUCAUAAAUGGGAUUACAGUCCAGAAUCCAUUGGAGCACAUUCAGGUUACAGUUAACUGUAAUGAAUUGAAACAUAAACUAGCAUUUAGGCAAAAACUAACAAAUUGGAAAAAAAAAUCUACGAGCCAGCUGCAGUCUCAGCUUGACUAUAUUUCCCAAAAGUUCACUACAAUUCAUUGUUUAACUUAAAAGGGACACUAUAGGCACCAGAACAACUACAGCUUUAUGAAGUAUUCCUGGUGUCACCUGUGCUUUAGGUUUUUCAAUGUGAACGCUGCCUUUUUUAGAUAAAAGACAAUGUUUACAUUACUGCCUAGUAACACCUAUAUUGGCAGUCACUCAGACGACCAUUAAAGGUGAUUCAUGCAGCACUGACGUUCAGUGUCUCCACCACCUGUAUGGAGGCGCUGAACGUUCCUUAUAGAUAUGCAUCUCUAUGGGGAGAUGCUGUUUGGUUCAACGCUGUGUGAUGGAUUGGCUGAGAUGAUCAAUUAUGAUUAUCUCAGCCAAGGAGGUGGAGUCGAGCCUGCGGAGUUGUGAGGCGCUAGAAUAAAAGAGAGUUUUAACUUUUUUAUCACUUAUAGCUAUAAAUACCAGCAAAAAAUAAACAAAUUAAAUCACCGGUAAGAUCUCAGAUAGAGUAUUGUGUUCAGUUCUAUAGAGCAGAUCUCCAGGAGGAUAUAGAGAGGUAGUGAUAGUACUUUAUAGAUCCCUAGUAAGAUCUCACCUAGAGUAUUGUGUUCAGUUCUAUAGGGCAGAUCUCCAGGAGGAUAUAGAGAGGUAGUGAUAGUACUUUAUAGAUCCCUGGUAAGAUCUCACCUAGAGUAUUGUGUUCAGUUCUAUAGAGCAGAUCCCCAGGAGGAUAUAGAGAGGUAGUGAUAGUACUUUAUAGAUCCUGGGUAAGAUCUCACCUAGAGUAUUGUGUUCAGUUCUAUAGAGCAGAUCUCCAGGAGGAUAUAGAGAAGUAGUGAUAGUACUUUAUAGAUCCCUGGUAAGAUCUCACCUAGAGUAUUGUGUUCAGUUCUAUAGAGCAGAUCCCAGGAGGACAUAGAGAGGUAGUGAUAGUACUUUAUAGAUCCCGGUAAGAUCUCACCUAGAGUAUUGUUUUCAGUUCUAUAGAGCAGAUCUUCAGGAGGAUAAGUAGAGAGGUAGUGAUAGUAUUUUAUAGAUCCCUGGUAAGAUCUCACCUAGAGUAUUGUGUUCAGUUCUAUAGAGCAGAUCUCCAGGAGGAUAUAGACAGGUAGUGAUAGUACUUUAUAGAUCCCUGGUAAGAUCUCACCUAGAGUAUUGUGUUCAGUUCUAUAGAGCAGAUCUCCAGGAGGAUAUAGAGAGGUAGUGAUAGUACUUUAUAGAUUCCUGGUAAGAUCUCACCUAGAGUAUUGUAUUCAGUUCUAUAGAGCAGAUCUCCAGGAGGAUAUAGAGAGGUAGUGAUAGUACUUUAUAGAUCCCUGGUAAGAUCUCACCUAGAGUAUUGUGUUCAGUUCUACAGAGCAGAUCUCCAGGAGGAUAUAGAGAGGCAGUGAAUGUACUAUAUAGAUCCCUGGUAAGAUCUCUCCCAGAAUACGGCUAUGUGUAAAAUUCACUCCUGUAACUUACUGAUUUUGCAAUCUAUUGUAUGUAAACCUGUUGAAAGGCUUUUCAAAUGCUUUCGUUUCUGCUUAACAGGGCUUAAUGGAUGAAGAUGUCCAUCUUACAUUGCAUUGGAUACUGAAGAUGCAAAGUGAUGUUGUUUACUAAAUUGAGUUGGUGGCCAAGUAUAUAAAAUGGGACAUGUGCCUAAAACUGAAAGCUGUAUUAAUGGAGAUAUGCCCAGUACUAAACAAAUGCUGCAUUUGGUGCCAAUUUAAAUGUCUGUAAAAAAAAGAGAGAGUAAUUAAAAAUAAGAAACACGUUACCCUAUCCCUAAAAUAGGACAGAAUCCCAUUAUUUACACCUUUCAUGGCCAAUAGACUGAGAAACUACUGUCUCCAUUGCCAGUCAAACACAGGCAUUAUUUUGCUUAUUCGGUAAUAUUAUAUUUAUUAACUAAGUGGAAUGUUUAGUUACAUCAAAUUGAAUUUGUCUAAACAUGAAGUUUAAAGUGCACUGUUGCAGGUGCUGUCAAAAUGCCAAAAAUGCGUUUGACAUUAACAGGGCGUGUGAAAUAUGUAACCGUAGCUGAAUAAUAAAAUAAGAAUUUGAGUGCAACUUCCAGAUCACUAGCUAAAAAUAGAAUUUUUAUUUUAUGUUAUUUUAGAACGCACCUGGAGACUAUACUCAGGCCUCAGUGAUGUCAUCAUUCGGUGACAAAAAAGCAAUAUAAUUGUUAUGUCUUCACUGUGUCCCAGGGAAUGUGACAAUACCACAAGCGAUUUUAAUAGUUUUGUAUUUUUUACUACCAAAUUUAUCAAAGAAAUAAGACUUAUCAGCACUAAUUCCCUGCUGCUCUGAUUAGUGAAUAUAUGCAGUAUAUUUAUUCAGAUUUUAAAUUUUUACCAAUAUGAGUUAAUUUCCAAUACUGACCUUAUGGUUAAUAAUAUAG